GAUACCCUCAAUAUUAAGCAACGUAUUAUCUUCGAUAUAUUCGUUAGCUACUACAAAGCGUAUUUAUAUAGUAAGGAUCUAGCUCCUAUUCUUCUUCAAGUCGAUAGCUAUAGCGGCACUAGUAAGUCGUAUAUUAUCUACCUCCUCUCUGCCUAG